AUGCAGAUGCUCACCAAGUUCGAGAGCAAGAGCCCGAGGGUUAAGGGUAUUGCCUUCCACCCGAAGCAACCCCUCCUCGCGGCGUCUCUGCACAAUGGUACCAUUCAGCUCUGGAACUACCAGAUGGGUACUCUCGUUGACCGCUAUGAUGAGCACGACGGCCCCGUCCGUGGUAUCUCGUUCCGCCCCACGCAGCCGAUCUUCGUCUCGGGUGGUGACGACUACAAGAUCAAGGUGUGGAACUACAAGCAGCGCCGUUGCCUGUUCACCCUCACUGGACAUCUCGACUACGUCCGUACCGUCUUCUUCCAUCACGAGUACCCGUGGAUCAUUUCGGCCUCCGACGACCAGACCAUCCGAAUUUGGAACUGGCAGAGCAGGACGUGUAUCGCCAUUCUGACCGGCCACAACCACUACAUCAUGUGCGCCCAGUUCCACCCGUGGGACGACCUCGUCGUUUCGGCUUCCAUGGACCUGACGGUUCGCGUCUGGGACAUCUCCGGUCUUCGCAAGAAGAACCAGGCCAGCUCGGCGCCCAUGACAUUCGAGGAGCAGGUCUCGCGUGCCAACCAGGGACAGGCUGACUUAUUCGGCAACACCGACGCUGUCGUCAAGUAUGUCCUCGAGGGUCACGACCGCGGAGUGAACUGGGCUUCGUUCCACCCCACGCUUCCUCUCAUCGUCUCGUGUGGUGACGACCGCCAGAUCAAGCUUUGGCGCAUGUCGGAGACCAAGGCUUGGGAGGUUGACAGCUGCCGUGGACACUUCAACAAUGUGUCGAUGACGCUGUUCCACCCUCGCCACGAGCUGAUCCUCUCUGCUUCCGAGGACAAGACGAUUCGUGUCUGGGACAUGACCAAGCGCACCGCCGUCCAGACCUUCCGCCGCGAACACGACCGCUUCUGGGUUCUCACUGCCCACCCUGAGCUGAACCUGUUCGCUGCCGGCCACGACAACGGUCUCAUCGUCUUCAAGCUCGAGCGCGAGCGCCCUGCGUUCUCGCUCUCUGGCAACCAGCUCUUCUACAUCAAGGACAAGGUUGUUCGCAUGGCCGAUCUUAGCACCGGCACCAACCACGGCAUCUGCUCCGUUCGCAAGCUCGGCUCGCAGUACAUCCAGCCUAGGACGCUCAGCUACAACCCCGCCGAGCGCGCCGUUAUCGUCACCUCGACCUCUGACAACGGCGUCUACGAGCUCAUCACCCUCCCCAAGAACGGUGCCCCGGGAGCUGGCGACGGCAAGGACACGCCGUCAGACGGCAGGAAGGGCAACGGUAUCUCGGCCCUCUUCGUUGCGCGCAACCGCAUGGCUGUUCUGGACAAGCCCAACCAGAACAUUGAGAUCCGCGACCUGUCCAACAACCUGACCAAGACUGUCAAGUGCCCGGUCCAGACCAACGAGAUCUUCUACGGCGGCACUGCCUCCCUUCUUCUCGCCUCGUCGAACGCUGUUACCCUGUUCGACAUCCAGCAGCAGAAGGUCCUUGGUGAAAUUGCCACCCCUCCCGUCAAGUACGUUGUCUGGAGCACCGACGGCAACAUGGUUGCUCUGCUCAGCAAGCACACCAUCACGAUCGCCACCAAGUCGCUUGAGCAGACUGCUCUCAUCCACGAGACCAUCCGCAUCAAGUCGGCUGCCUGGGACGACAGCGGUGUCCUCAUCUACACCACCCUCAACCACAUCAAGUACGCCCUCCCCAACGGUGACAAUGGUAUUAUCAAAACCCUUGAGCAGCCGGUGUACCUUACUCGCGUCAAGGGACAGGUCGUCCACUGCCUGGACCGCUCCGCGAAGCCCCGCACUAUCCAGAUCGACCCUACCGAGUACCGCUUCAAGCUCGCCCUCGUUCGCAAGAACUACGACGAGGUCCUGCACAUCAUCCGCACCUCCAACCUUGUUGGUCAGAGCAUCAUCGCGUACCUCCAGAAGAAGGGUUACCCCGAGAUCGCGCUGCACUUCAUCCAGGAUCCCAACACUCGUUUCGACCUGGCUCUGGAGUGUGGCAAUCUGCAGGUUGCCCUCGAGCAGGCGCGCGCUGUUGACCGCCCCGACGUCUGGGAGCGUCUCGGCGCCGCCGCUCUCAAGCAGGGUAACCACCAGAUCGUCGAGACCGCGUACCAGAAGAACCGCAAGUUCGACAGCCUCUCCUUCCUCUACCUCAUCACCGGCAACACUCAGAAGCUCGGUAUGAUGCAGAACAUCGCUACGAAGCGUGGCGACCAGAUGUCGCGCUUCCAGAACUCGCUCUACCUUGGUGACGUCGCUGGCCGUGUUGCUGUCCUCCGGGAAACUGGCCAGUACCCCCUCGCCUACUACACUGCCAAGAACAAUGGCCUCGACGACCUUGCUCUCGAGGUCCUUGAGGAGGCCGGCAUGACCGAGGAGGACCUUCCACCGACUCCUUCUGGAUCCGGAUCGUCUUCUGCGCCUCUUGCUCCUCCGCCGGUUGUCUUCUCUCAGGCUGAGUCCAACUGGCCUCUGCGCAACCUCGGCGAGAGCUUCUUUGACCGCGCUCUCGCCAACGGCGGUGGCGUCGAGGGUCUUGUAGCUGGCGAGUCUGCGGAGGUGGCCAACGGCGAGCAGCUUGACGCCUGGGCUAACGACGACGGAUUAGACGGAGAGGAGGCUGAGGAGCUUGACGAGGACGAGGGAUGGGACCUGGACGCCGAGGUUGUCCAGCACGUUGGAGCGGACGAGGAGGACGUGCCGAUGGAGACUGCGGAUGCGGACCUGGCGGACGGAGUGUCACCAGGAGUGGACGAGAAUGAGAUGUGGGUCCGCAACUCACCACUGGCUGCGGACCACGCUGCUGCGGGCAACUUUGAGUCGGCUAUGCAGCAGCUCAACCGACAAGUCGCCGCUGUCAACUUCUCCCCGCUCAAGCCGUUGUUCCUUGAAGCCUACAACAAGGCCCACGUUUACGUCGCCGCCAACCCCUCCCUUCCUCCCCUCGAGUUCCACGUCCGCCGCAACCCCGACACGACUGAGCUUCGCGAAGUUCUGCCGGCGAUCUCGAUCGAGUUUGAGGACCUCAAGGCCGGCGAGCUCGCCGAGGCUUACCGCCAAUUCUCACGCGGCAAGUUCGCGGAGUCGCUCACGCACUUCCGCUCCGUGCUGCAGAAGCUGAUGAUGGUUGUUGUGAAGAGCGAGUCUGAGGCUGCCGAGGUGCGCGAGCUGGUUACGACAUGUAGGGACUACAUCAUCGGUCUCAUGCUCGAGGUCGAGCGCCGACGACUCGUUGCCGAGGACCCCGAGGGCAACCUCGUUCGUUCGCUCGAGCUCGCCGCGUACUUCACCCACAUGAACCUGCAGCCUGCGCACCAGCAGCUCGCCCUGCGAUCGGCCAUGGGAGUCUUCUCCCGUGCCGGCAACAACGCCACUGCUGCGUCGUUCGCUCGUCGUCUCAUCGACUCGCAGCCGACUGACCAGCGUGUGCUCACGACCGCCCGCUCUGUUCUCGCCCAGGGCGACCGCAACCCCCGUGAUGCGCACGAGAUCCAGUACGACCACUUCACGGCCUUUGACGUGUGCCCCGCCUCGCUCACCCCGAUCUACCAGGGCAGCCCGGCCGUCGUGGACGCGUACACUGGCGCGAGGUACCUGCCCGAGUACAAGGGCACUAUCUGUGUCGUUGACGAAAUCACGCAGGUCGGCCUCCCGGCCAGCGGCCUCAGGAGUACUGUGUAA